GGGAUCACCAUGCAAUGCAAUAAGUACUAAGCUAUUGCUGAUAGAUGCUGACGCUGACGACAAAGCGCACAUCACUUCCAACUUUUACAUGCUGAUUCUCAGGCGCGUGCGGCGCUGUAACACGAACCAUACAUCGCCGGCCGUGACUCCUCAAUCGCGAGACUCCCCCCUCCAUCAACCAUCCAUACAGAAGUACUUGCGGCCUUUUUUUCUUCAACUCUCACGUCCUCAUUACUCCUUCCUCUUCACUAUACUCUUGUAGCAGCCCAACGCCGUCCUCCAAUCCCGACUGCUUCUGCGUUGAAAACACCAUGACCUCGCAGACGAAUGACAUCCUGCGGCGGCAGAAGCCCACCGCAACCGCAGUGCAAGACGUGCGCGUCCAGGACGACAACCUCGUGUGGACGGAUCCUUCGGAUGGCGCGCAGCAGCAUCAGGUCCGCCUCGACCAGGUGCUCUUCACGCUGCCCGCCGCCCCGGAGGGCUCCAUCAUCGUGUGCCUUGUUGAGGAUGACGACACCGCCGCCGCCGCUGCCGAGCACAAAAAGACGCAACCACCGUUCCGGCUCGUCGCCCUACGCGCGGACGGGGAUGGUUCUCCCCUGACCGAGCAGCUCCUCCUGCGCGACGGCCGCGAGCGUGUCGACGAGCUGCCGGCUCACCUGCGCCGCCGCAGAGACGAUGAUGGGAAAGACGCCAACGACGUGCGCGUGGUGGUGUCGACGGGCUCCGGGGUGGGCCAUGCGGUGGCGUUUUGGGAGCAGGUGCUGCGUCCCCUUUUUACGCUCGUGGGUGAGGCACUUGGCCAGCGGGAGGAGGCGGCAGUGGGUGCGGAUCCCAAGGAUGUCGUCGUGACCGAGGAUGCGCACAGCGUGAGGCGCUUCGCCCGGGCUCUGAGCGAGAGGAGGAGCAAGGGGGAGAGGCAGGGAAGAGGCGAGGAGGGUUCGUCGACGACGGUCAUCCUGCUCAGCGGCGAUGGUGGCGUGGCCGACCUCCUCAACGGCAUCGGCGGCAGCAGCAGCAGCAGUGAUGGCAGCACUGCUGUUCCUGUUCCUCCUCCUGCCCCCCUCGUCGCCCUCCUCCCCCUGGGUACCGCCAACGCCCUCUUCCACUCCCUGCACAAGCCCGUCUCGACGGGCCCCUCGCCCCUCGUCCUCGCCCUGCGCACGCUCUUCCUCGGCGCGCCCGCCGACCUGCCCGCCUUCCGCGCCUCCUUUUCCCCCGGCGCGCGCAUCGUCUCGUACGCCACAUCGCCGACACCGCCGUCCGCCGAGGCCGGUGGCAAGGACAGCAAUAAUGACGCCGUCGAGUCGCUGUACGGCGCCAUCGUCGCCAGCUACGGCUUCCACGCCAGCCUCGUCCACGAGAGCGACACGCCUGCGUACCGCGUCCACGGCAGUAAGCGCUUCGGCAUGGUGGCGCAGGACCUCUUGCGCGAGUCGCAUCCCUAUCGCGCGCGCCUCUUCAUCCGCCGACCGUCUGCGUCUGCGUCUGCGUCCUCCACUUCGGCCUCCGCUCCUAACGGCGCGCCACCGCCACCGCCAGCACCUGCAUAUGCAUCAGCAUCAUCACCACCCCAGCAGCCGCUCGAGCCCUUCCCACCUGGCUCCAGCGACGGCGGCAACGGCGGCAACACGCAUGCCUACGUCCUCGCCACCAUGGUUUCCAACCUUGAGCGCACCUUUACCAUCUCGCCCGCCAGUACGCCCCUCGACAACCGCCUGCGCCUCGUGCACUUUGGCCCUAUCGGCGGGCCGCGCACCAUGGAGGUCAUGAUGGCCGCAUACGACGGCGGCGCGCACGUGGGCAUGGCCUGGGACGACGACGACGAUGACGGCGGCCACCACCACCACCGCGUCGCCUACGAGGAGGUCGACGAGCUGCGCGUCGAGGUGCGCGAAGACGAUGACGCCCGCUGGCGCGUGUUUUGCGUCGACGGCACCAUCGUGGAGGUGCCGCGCCGGGGACACAUGGCCGUGGAGAAGGCAAAGCCCGGCCUGCUGCGCGUGCUCGUCGACCCGCGCGUGCAGGGACGACGGUGAGAGGGAGUGGCGUGUGUGUCACUGCUAUAUAUGUUUUGCCUUGCAUUCGCCCCCUCAAAGGGCGGGCGUUAUGCGUGCUGCUACGUAGCCUAGACGUUGAUGAUAUCAUGACCGAUAUGUCCUCC